AUGAAUGAAACAGAUUGGGAUUCUGUUACAAAAAUUGGUAGAGGUGUACACUCAAGAACUACAAUAACAAGAGCACACGCAGGAGUUAAUGAAGCCAGAAGGACAGGUGCUGUAGUAGGUGUUGAAAAGAGAUUUUCUGCUGGAUCUAAUAAGGCACAUAAAACGACUGAAGGACAAAAGAUGGCUAAGAUAGAUCGCGAGAAUGAUAUUAUUCCUUUAAAAACUACUGGACGUGAUAUUGGAAUGAUUAUUUCAAAAGUUCGACAAGAAAAAAAUAUUAAACAGUCUGAGCUUGCACAAAAAAUUAAUGAAAAAGUAAGCGUCAUAAAUGAAUAUGAGACUGGAAAGGCUAUUCCUAAUCAAGCUAUUCUAUCUAAACUUGAGAAAGUUUUAGGUAUUAAAUUGCGUGGAACUGGUAUUGGGCAGACUCUAACUGGGCCUAAGAAGUAA